AUGGAUCCAGCCUUGUACAGUGCUGCGGUGGAAGGCAAUAUCAGUAAUGGUGAUUUUUCACUUGCUGAAUAUCUGAAAAGGGAUGAAGAAAAUGAGUACCAAGUCAGUCCAAUGGAAGUCCUUAAGAUUACUCCAGCGUUGUUAUGCCAUCGGAACAAGAAGCAUGAGACUGCACUUCAUAUAGCAGCUAAUGAAGGUCACAUCGAAGUAGUCCACUUGCUACUUAGUAUAGAUGAGUAUUAUAAGGAGCCACUCAUGAGGAUGACAGAUGAGAAUGGCGAUACAGCCCUGCACAAGGCCGUGCGUAGCCGACAUCAAGAUGUAGCGAGACUGUUGGUGAAAGAAGAUCCUGAAUUCGAAUUUCCAUCCGACAAGGCGCGGGAGACACCAAUGCAUCUGGCAGAUGAGUUUGGUCUUCGUGACGCUUUGGUUGAAAUCUUGAACUCCUGCAAGAAUCCAACUUCUUCUGCAGGUCCAUUGAAUCGAACACCUCUGCAUGCAGCAGUGAUUCAGGAACACACGGGAUUGAAAGAAGUAGUUUCCGAUAUGCUUGGGUGGAGAAGAUCCUUAGCCUACCUUCCAGCAGGUAGUGAGAAUGACUGGAUAACAGCAAUUUACAUUGCAGCCAGUGGAGAUAAGAUAAAAAGCUAA